UUAAAUAUAGUUUUAUCGGUUAAAAGUAGUAGUGGCAAAAACAGAAUUUAAUGCAGUGUUGCUCUGCUCCUAUUUUAGCUCCCCACGACCAGCGACUUUCUGCCUCUUUCCGUCAACGCUCCGGCAUCUUCCACCGCCGCCGGGAAAUUUUCAAAAUAUUUUCAGAGUAUCGGAAUACAGUCUUUAAACAGCUUCCCAAUCAGAAAGUUCAUUCUCUUCAACAAUGUUGAGAGUUUUGUACGUCCUCGUUGUUCUCUGCUCCCUUUCGAGUUUUAUCGGGUCAUCCAAUGGUAGUGGUGUGAAACAGCUACGCUUUGAUAGAAAAAAGGGCGAGUUCAAGAUUCUGCAGGUAGCUGACAUGCACUAUGCAGAUGGCAGAAAGACUCCUUGUGAGGAUGUGUUGCCGCAACAGUUUGCACAUUGCAAUGAUCUCAACACCAGUGUUUUCAUUUACCGUAUGAUUGAAGCUGAGAGACCUGACCUCGUUGUUUUCACAGGAGAUAAUAUCUUUGGAUUUGAUGCAACAGAUGCUGCAGCAUCCAUGGAUGCAGCCUUUGCACCUGUUAUAGAAUCUAGAAUCCCAUGGGCUGCUGUUUUGGGAAACCAUGAUCAGGAAUCAACACUGUCAAGAGAAGGAGUCAUGAAACACAUCGUUGGAAUGAAACACACAUUGGCGCAGUUAAAUCCUUCUGGUGUUGAUGUUAUUGAUGGUUUUGGGAAUUACAAUCUUGAAGUUCAUGGAGUUGAAGGGUCGAGUUUGAUGAACAAAUCAAUCCUGAACUUAUAUUUUCUUGACAGUGGUGACUACUCUACUGUCCCUUCGAUUCCUGGCUAUGGAUGGAUUAAACCGUCUCAACAGUUUUGGUUUCAACAAACAUCUAAGAAGCUACAGAAGACAUCAAAAGCUCCUGGUCUUGCUUAUUUCCAUAUCCCAUUGCCCGAGUAUUCAUACUUUGAUCGAUCAAACUUUACAGGUGUGAGACAAGAAGGGAUUAGUUCUGCUUCUGUAAACUCAGGCUUCUUUACAACGUUAGCUGAAGCAGGUGAUGUGAAGGCAGUUUUCACAGGACACGAUCACAUUAAUGACUUCUGCGGAGAAUUAACUGGAAUUCAUCUUUGUUAUGCUGGCGGGUUUGGAUAUCAUGCAUAUGGGAGAGCUGGAUGGUCAAGAAGGGCUAGGGUGGUUGUAGUUUCUUUAGAAAAGGGGUCACAUGGUGAUUGGGGUGGAGUCAAGUCUAUUAGAACAUGGAAGCGGCUCGAUGAUAGAAACCAAACCGUCAUUGAUGGACAGGUUCUUUGGAGCAAACGUCCAUCUGGGAAUCGUAGAAAGAAGCCUAUUCACCGUGGCUGAAUAACUUGAAGUUCAAUCUUUAUUAUUAGUAUUAGUAAUUCCACAGUUUGCAGAGGUAAGCAGUUUGUGCUAGGCUCUUAUAUCUAAUGGUUAUAUGUAUUGUUGCUAGAAUGAACAUAUAUAGCCAACUUCUAUUCAAGUACUUACUUUUUAAAGCA